AUGAAAUAAUUGGCAAUAAUUUUGACAUUUAUACUGUACUUUGGAAUUUGUCAAACAGCAAUCAUAACUGCUUAUCAGGGCUCAUGUACUAGAUGUCUUGGAAAUGGCUAUAAUUACUGCUUUGACAAUUCAACUUGUGUUGACAACAGACCAUCUUUCUGCUUCACUCUCUAUGAUAAGCCUAUGAAAUGCCAAUCUCAGACAUGCAGUGCUAUCACUAUUUUUGAUACAGAUGUUUUCUCACAGAAAGAAGUAUAAUUCCUAUACAUCAUUGAAAUUCAAUAUGUCAACAAUCUCCUCUCCUACACUCUAUUCUGA